AUGAGCCCUUUAACAGCUUUCGCCGACAUCUCCAAGGAUAGCGCACUGCUCUCUCUAAAUAGCACAACUACCUUUUCGCAUGUAGGACCCAUUGUCCUUAUUUUGGUGGGCUUGAUAGGCUCUGGAAAGUCCACCUUUGCACAAGCUUUGCAGCAGUGUUACCCGCGCUUCCACAGAUGCAAUCAGGAUGACUUAGGAGAUAGGCGUCAGGUAGAAAGUUUAGCUCGCGGCUGUCUCCAGCAGGGUUUGAAUGUCUGUAUCGACCGCACAAACUUCAACGAGUCUCAGCGAGCGUACUGGAUCACCAUCGCCCGCGAAUUUCCCGGCACAAGCGUUUGGGUUAUUGUUUUCGACACACCCUAUGAAGAAUGCGAGAGGAGACUUGGUCUGAGGACGGGGCAUCCCACUAUAACAUCCCCUGAGCAAGGGUUAUCCAUUCUUGCUCACUUUGCGUCAGACUACAGGCCCCCAGCUCCUCACGAAGGCUACGAUCGCAUCAUUUCUUUGAAGGCUUCGGACCAGCUGGCCGGUGUUUAUACCCACUCAGACGUAACAAGUAUCCUCCAAAGGUUGCAGGAUUCACCGCCAGUGACCCGGCCAAUCGGUGGGGUUCAUACCGCCUUUCGAGGUCGGGGAUACACGCGAUAUCGCGGCCAAAGAGGAUCCUAUCGUGGCGCAGGGCAAAACGGCAGAGCUCGACCUUGGUAA